AUGUUGGUACGUUUAUGGGCGACUAAACUAAUAGUAAAUGUUAUAACUUAUUCAUCUCUCUAUCAUAUUGGUCUAACAGUUAAACAAAUCAGAAAGUUACAAUCUUUACAAAAAAAUCAUUUUGAACGGGAAUUAAUAAAACCAUUAGUUGCUGCUUCGAAAGAAGAUAUUCAAUCUCGAACAAUUUUAUCACCGGUCAAUUUAAAUAAGAUAUAUGAUGUUUGCGUUGAAAAACCAAAACAACAAUUAAAGUUAUCACCUGAAUAUCCAACAAUAACAUGUGAUAGUUGGUGUGACAAAUAUAGACAUGGGGCUUAUAUCUGUUUUACAAUAUAUUAUCUUGAUUCGAAUCUUAAACUGCAUUAA